AUGGACACAAUGAAUACCCACGGAGCACUGAACAAAGAGAACUCACAAAUGCAAGGCACCGUCAUCGCCCUCUAUACCGUCGGAGGUAUCUUUGGCGCCCUAUCAUGCAUCUACCUUGGUGAUCUCUGGGGCCGACGUAAGGUGAUUUUCAUAACCAACUUUGUCAGUAUAAUCGGCGCUGUUCUCAUGGCAACCUCUUUCGAUUUCGCUCAAUUUAUCGUCGCACGACUCGUUCUGGGUUUGGGCAUCGGUGGAUAUGUGGCGACGGUCCCGGUCUGGCAAUCUGAACUCUCCCCAGCGGAUAAGAGAGGAUCCAAUGUCGUCACGAAUGGCAUCUUUAUUGGAAUUGGUGUCACUGGCGCCCUGUGGAUUGAUCUGGGUUUCUAUUUUAUCAAAAACAACUCGGUCUCUUGGAGGUUCCCUCUCGCCUUCCAAAUCAUUAUGCCGGUCACUGCAAUGUUUUUCAUCGCAAUGCUGCCAGAAUCGCCUCGCUGGCUCAUCAAGAACGGGCAGGUAGAGGAUGGACGCAAAGUACUCGCGGCAUUACUCGAUGUCGAUGAGGAUUCGGAUGAAGUCAACGAAAACAUCCUCAGCAUCGAGACUUCCCUUGCCUACUGUCCGGCGGCGUGGACAGAAAUGUUCAAAAAUGGCGAGCAACGUCUCUUUCACCGCGCGUACCUGGCCGCCACAGGCCAGAUGUUCCAGCAGAUGUGUGGUGUGAAUCUGAUCACUUACUACGCCACAACCAUCUUCCAGCAGUACCUCGGGAUGAACGCGGUCAACUCUCGGGUCCUCGCCGCUGCAAUGACAAUGAUGCAACCCUUCGGUGGUUACCUGGCCUACUUCACCAUCGACCGUCUCGGCCGCCGCCCGCUCAUGCUGUGGAGUGCCGGAGCCAUGACUAUCUGCAUGGCAGGCCUCGCUGGCACGACUGCCCCUUCUGCAGCUAAUAACACAGGAGCUUUAGCCAUGGCCGUGGUGUUCCUGUUCUGCUUCCAGUUUAUCUUCACGGUUGGCUACUGCGGUCUCACCUUCCUCUACGCCGCGGAAAUGGCACCUCUUCAGGUCCGCGCCGCAGUCAACGCGGUAUCCACUGCUACCGUGUGGGCUUUUAGUUUCAUGAUCGCUCAGGUAACCCCGGUGGGUUUCUCCACGAUCGGAAAUCGUUACUAUAUCAUUUUCGCUGUUGUCAACGCUGCUAUCGUGCCCAGCGUGUACUUCUUCUUCCCCGAGACCAAGGGGCGGUCACUAGAGGAGAUUGAUGAGAUCUUUGCGCAAUCAAAGUCUAUAUUUGACCCCCCUCGUGUAGCUCGCGCUAUGCAAAAGCGUGCAAUGCAGGCACGUCAAUCGAACUCCGAUUCUGAUACCGCCGAUGACGUUGCUGUCAGCGAGGAGGUCAAGGCGUGA